AGACAACAGCUGGAGGGAGGAGGAGUGAUUCAUAUCUCCUCCUCCUCCUCCUCCUCCUCUUCCUCCUCCCCCAGUCUUCCUUCCCCAGCAGCAGCACACCUGGCGCACCGCGGAGCAGCAGCAGCAGGUAAAGCUGUGAGGAGGACGUCUGCGUCAACUAGUCCCCGUGAAGAAGAGUCCCGGCCCGCAGGAGGAGAGCCUGUCGGCGGUGUUCGAGGCUAUCCCACCCCCAAGCCCCGAGAACAACCUGAGCUCAGCAGAGACCCUGAACUGUCUCCGUGUGUUAGCAGCGACUUUGAGGCAUUGAAAUGAGGCAAUGAGCCGCAGGACGGUACAAAGCAGCACAGUCUGACAAGGCUUCAAUCACAACCUCAGGUAUAAACAGGCAGCAUGGGCGAGGCUCCGGUCAGAGAAGAUGGUACAGUGACUAGAUCAGCAGAGUACCUGGGCUCAUUUCCUGUGGAUGACUGCUGCUUGGAUGAUCAGAUAGAGCAACUGCACACUCAGCUGAAGUCCCUUAAAACAUGCAAGAAACGGAGGCCUGUAUCCCUAAAAUUCUCCAUCAAAGGUGUGAAAAUGUACAAUGAGGAUGAAACGACUCUCCUGAUGGCUCAUGCUUUGCGUAGAGUCUCUCUGUCCACCGCCCGGCCCAUCGACGCCCAGUUCGCCUUCGUCUCCCACAACCCGGGCAGCCCCGAUGCCCAGCUGUACUGCCACGUCUUUAAAGCAAGGCACUCCAGAGCGGCGCAGUUCCUGAACCUGCUGCUUUGCCGCUGUUUCCAGCUGUGUUACCUGGAGAAGCACCCAGAGGAGGCCCAGAAGGACUCUGUCGGCUCGACGCCCCGCCGUAACCCCUCACUGCUCAACCACGGCUUCCCUCUCAGCGUUAGCGCCCUGGUCUCCUUCAGAAGAGCCCCUUUUCAAGGGUUGCUGCCAGGGACUAAGAAGAAUCAAAAGUCCUCCGACGACCUGCACAGCAGCAAAGACGAGGUCUUCCCCUCCUCCUCCUCCUUCUCCCCCUCACUGGUGCGAAAGAAAGCCAUCCGCACCAAAGCGCUGUGCUCUGGGGCCUACCGCUCCUUCACUUUCACGCCGCUCAAACAGCGCAACAUUCAGGAGCGACUGAAUGCGUCACAAGGAGAGGACAAAGACAAAGCACCGGCGAAGAGAGCCCGAACGCCGAGCCUGGCCGAAACCGAGGAAGCACUGGCUCACGCAGUGUGGUGUUGGGAUGGUAUCGCAACUGACAGCAGCUGUUCCCUGCUUGCAGACGAUGUUCUGGGAUCGUACCUCCUCUGCCCUCAUCCUAAAAAACCCAAAUGUGGCUCCCUCAUCAUUCGCUUCCCAUGUGGACUGAUCACCCACCUCAUCAAAAACACCCGCAAUGGGAAAUUCCUGCUGGAGGCAUACAAGACUGAAUUCUGCUCCAUAUCCGAGCUGAUCGAACACUACACAGAGACUCAGGAUGAGCUGGCCUGUCUGCUGAGCUGUGCCCGAGUAAACCACUGUUACGAGUGGGAGGAACAAACCAGCAAGCAGCCGGCCGUAAAUCCACUCAAGAUUAAAAGUACCAGAAGAAAGAAUUGGGUUUAAACCCUGGACAGUGGAACUUGUGGAUCACUAACCUCAGAAUAAGUGACACCUUUUUAUUUUAUUUUGCACAUAUGAUCUUUUACCUUUUUAAAAAAAAAUCACAUUUGGUGUUUUUGGGAGGCUUUAUUAACUGCAUAUGAUGCACAUAUUAACAGUGUUGGCACUUAACGUAUAGUAUACAAGUCAUUUCAUCAAAGGGUACUUAUCUGUUAAGGCGUAAUAUGUUGUGCUCGACGCUUUUUAUGUAUUUCAAAAUAAUCUUUUUUAAAGUUUUUAUAUUUGAAUAGGAGUUUUUGUGUUUUUUAAGACGUAAAAAUGUAUCAAAUUGAAACUGUGGAGUGGAAUUGAUCCCGCAGGUUGUAGCACUUGUUGGCAUAGCCAUUCAUUUUUUUUCUUGCAUUGUCUAGAUGUUGCACAAAUAUAUAUUUGAUCAAAUUUUAUUAUUCGUGGAAUUUUAAUCUUGCUUCCAUGUUAAUCUUUGUUCGUUUUGCAUUAGACCUGGAUGAUAUGUAAGCAGUAGUCCAAACAUGAUGAUUAACCUGCUAUAAGACACUAAAUAUUUUCUAUGUGUUGACAUCUGUGUAUUUGUGUGCUCAUAUGGCCUCUUUAGAAGGGACAUGUUCAAAUUAUCUGUGUUUUAAAGUUUGUGUGAAAUCAGAUCUUGAUCAUAAGGUUAUAUGUGAGAUUGUUGUCUGGUCCAAAAGGCUGAGUUAUAACUAAGCUGAGUUUUUUUUUUUUUUAUCAUCUUUUCCACAUUAGGCCAACAAACAAUUUUCAUAUUAUUCACCCCUGUUUGUGAUUAAACGAAAUC